UGACCCCGUGCACCUCCCCACGGGUGCCCCAGACCGUCCCCAUGGACCUGCGCAUCGGGCAGCGCCUCGUCAAGCCCGGCUCCGACACCGCUUUGCUGGCCCUGAAGCACACGCAGCAGCUCCAGCACCAGCUCUUCCUCGCCAGCCUGCACCAGCAGCAAGUGGAGCAGCUCGCCCAGCAGCACGUCAGGGUGACCAUGGAGUCCCCACACCGUGAAGCUGAGCCUGGGCAGCAGGAGCAGGAGCUGAGGCAGAUCCUCAACAAGGACAAAAGCAAGAGAAGUGCUGUGGCCAGCACAGUGGUGAAGCAGAAGCUGGCCGAGGUCAUCCUGAAGAAGCAGCAGGCAGCUUUGGAGAGGACCAGCAACCCCAACCCCUCAGCCCUGCCAUACAGGUCUCUGGAGCCUCUGGAUCCUGAGGGCCCUUCUCCUCCUGUGCUCAGCACCUUCCUGCCCCCUGUCCCCAGCACUUCUCUUGACCCCCCAGAGCAUUUUCCACUGCGGAAGACAGCGUCUGAGCCCAACCUGAAGGUGCGUUGCAAGCCCAGGAAGUGCCUUGACCGGCGCAAGAACCCCCUGACGCGGAAGGAGAGUGCUCCCCCCUCGCUCAAGAGGCGGCCACCCGAGGCCAUUGGGGACUCCUCCCCGAGCAGUAGCAGCACCCCUGUGUCUGGCUGCAGCUCUCCCAACGACAGCCUCCCCGCCGAGCACGGAGCCCUCCCCACUGCCUCCAGCAUGGGAGAGGCAGAUCGCCGUCCCCUCUCCAGCCUGGCCCACAGGGUGCCCGUGUUGAAUGGACCUGUCCUGGCGGGCACACACUCGCCCGUGUUCAUCCCAGCUGGUUUGGAGCAGCACGAGGCUGGGAGCCCCUUGUCCCCUCGGCUCCAGCCCGUCAUCAUCCUCGAGCCCUCGGUCACCCACACUCCGCUGGUGGCAGUGCCAGGCCUGGGGACAGUCCCCUUCUCCUUCGCUCCCUCGCUCGUCUCUGCAGAGCGCCUCUCGCUGCCGGGCCACCACAAACCACUGGAUGUCCAGGGCCAAGGCUUGGCCAAGCAUAGAAUCAGAAUGGUUUGGGUGCAGCAUCACAGCCACUUCCUGGAGAGGCUCAAGCAGCAGACGCAUCUGGGCAAGCGCAUGGUGAAAUCCAGCGAGAAGCCCCGGCUGCGGCAGAUCCCCUCCUCCGAGGACAUGGAGGCCGAGGGGACACUGCCAGAGGCUGAGAGCAGUGACCCAGCAAGGACACGUGUGGAGCCCCCACGGCCGGGGAGCAGCCUGAAGGAGCCCGAGAGGACACAGAAGAUGCUGCAGCCUCAAGAGGAGCUCGUCCUGCAGCAGGCCUAUCUGUGGGAUUCCUACCAGCGUGUGCAGCAGCAGCUCCUCAAGCGCCAGCCCUUGGCUGACCCCCCCAAGGUCCCCACCAUCCAUACGGGGCACAGGCCCCUCUCCAGGGCCCAGUCAUCUCCUGCCACCGCCACCAUCUCCCUUCCUGCCCAGGACACGGCCUCCAAGAGCCUCUCCCUGCCCGUGCAGGAGCAGCCAGCCAAGCCUCACUUCACAACAGGGCUGGUUUAUGACUCGGUGAUGCUCAAACACCAGUGUUCCUGUGGUGACAACAGCAACCACCCGGAGCACGCGGGCAGGAUCCAGAGCAUCUGGUCCCGUCUGCAGGAGCGGGGCCUGCGCAGCCAGUGCGAGUGCCUGCGGGGACGCAAGGCCACGCUGGAGGAGCUGCAGUGUGUCCACAGCGAGCGCCACGUCUUCCUCUACGGCACCAACCCCCUCAACCGCCUCAAACUGGACAAUGGGAAGCUGGCAGGGAUCCUGUCACAGCGGAUGUUUGUCAUGCUGCCCUGCGGAGGGGUGGGGGUGGACAGUGACACCAUCUGGAACGAGCUGCACUCCUCCAACGCUGCCCGCUGGGCUGCAGGCAGUGUCACCGAGCUGGCCUUCAAGGUAGCCACCAGGGAGCUGAAGAAUGGCUUUGCUGUGGUGAGGCCACCAGGACAUCACGCGGAUCCUUCCACUGCCAUGGGAUUCUGCUUCUUCAACUCGGUGGCCAUUGCUGCGAGGCAGCUGCAGCAGAAAGGGAAGCUCAGCAAGAUCCUCAUUGUGGACUGGGACGUUCACCACGGCAAUGGGACUCAGCAGAUCUUCUACAGAGACCCUGAGGUUCUCUACAUCUCUCUGCAUCGCCACGAUGAUGGCAACUUCUUCCCUGGGAGUGGGGCUGCUGAUGAGGUUGGUGCUGGCCCUGGUGAGGGAUUUAAUGUCAACGUGGCCUGGACUGGGGGGCUCGACCCCCCCAUGGGUGACCCUGAGUAUCUGGCUGCUUUCAGGACAGUGGUGAUGCCGAUUGCACACGAGUUCUCACCCGAUGUGGUGCUGGUCUCUGCUGGCUUCGACGCAGCCGAUGGCCACCCGCCACCCCUGGGUGGCUACAAAGUCUCUGCUAAAUGUUUUGGCUACAUGACAAAGCAGCUGAUGAGCCUGGCUGGUGGAGCCAUUGUCCUCGCUCUAGAAGGUGGCCAUGACCUUACAGCCAUCUGUGAUGCAUCUGAGGCCUGUGUGUCAGCCUUGCUGGGCAACGAGCUGGACCCUCUCCCAGAAGAAAGCAUGAGGCAGAAACCCAACCCCAACGCUGUGCGCUCCUUGGAAACGGUGCUCCAGGUCCAGAGUAAAUACUGGGUGGCUCCGCAGCGCUUUGCCUCCAAGCUGGGCUGCUCCUUCCUGGAGGCACAGCACCACGAGGCAGAAGAGGUGGAGACAGUCACAGCCUUGGCCUCCCUCUCGGUGGCCGUGAUGGUGGAGAAGAGGCCACAAGAUGAGCCGAUGGAGGAGGAAGAGCCCAUGAACCAGACGUGGCUGGACUCUCCUGAGCCCAAGUGCUCGCUCUUCACUCCUGGCUUCCCGUUCACCACGUCCUCCUCGCUCCCUGAGUCCCGGCCCCCAGUGGCCUGGACCUUUGGCUGCAGGAGUCCCACCAAGGAUGCUCCUGAAGCCACCUGGAAGACGUCCUCCUGCUCGGGACCGCUGGAGAACCACAGACUCCCUCUGCACGACGUGGCCUUGCGGGCCUGGACC